UCUUAUUGAAAGGUUGUGGAACAUGAAGUAUGUAUUUGUUUCGAGAGUGUUCGUUAAUUAAGAUCUGUGGCUAAAAUGAUUCGUUUUGAAUGGCAGGUCAGUGGCGAAACUGAAGAAAGGCCACAGAUUGACUUUCUUUUUCAAUAAUUUUCCUUUUUAUUAAUUCAGAAUAAAAAGUGAUCUGAGGAAUCUCUGUUGUCCGGUCUCCUUAAAUCAUCAACACAACGCAGAGCGGUCACACUCGCAUGACUCCGAUGAACUAAGGGCGUUCGGUGUCAUUAGCAUUUAAACACAAGAGAUGAGAUAAGAACAGAGGAGAGAGUAGAGGACGGGAACAGCAAGGAUGAGUUGAUAAUGGACAUCCUGCACUGCAACUCUGAUGUCAUCAACAGUGUGUCGCAGAUGGACGUGGUCACUCCAGAGGUCAUAUUCACUGUCCAGCAUCUGGUGGCCAAGUCCCUGAAAGUCACGUGGUUCAGAGAUUAUCAGGGAACAUUUGCUUCAUCUCCAACCUCAUCAGCUGUGAACCUGAAAGCGGUUCGGCUGAUGCAGAAACCGAAGAAAAAGGUCUGGGAGGCGUUCAGAGGCUACAUACAUAGUGCUGUGAAGUUUCUGGCCGCUGUAAAGAAUCGCGAGAUGCAAGAGUUCGAGGAGUAUUUGCCACGGUGCUAUGAGCACUACUCUGAGCCCUGUAAAGUGAAAACCAGGCAGAAGCAUACUUUGGAUUCUGAUGAUGGAGGAUCAUUUGAAGCCAGGAUUCUGAGCAUUAUCAAUAAAACCGUUAUUGUGUAUUUGUUACCCUAUUAUUGUUACCUUUCCUUCUAUCUGGAGUGCGAAAGGUUAUACAUUUUCCAGCAGAGGGUGCACUAUACUUAA